GACUCCGCCAAUUGAGCUCAUCACUGACGCGUACUGACGUUUGGUUACGCUUAUAGUACAUUAAUCCUCCACACAGUUCGAAAUGUCGGUACACUGCUGUCUAUUGCAGGAUGACAUAGACCUACCUCAUACGUGGUCAUCCUGGUGAUAAUGGCUGCGGCUGAGUAAUUGAAACGUCCAAUGUAUGACGUCGGUAUCUGCAUAUGUAUAAAGACUGCUCAUGCGGACAGGAGGCUGGUACCUAGAGUACGUAUCCAGCAAAUAUCUACCCUGAAUCCACACACAGCAAAGCUAACCAGAAUGACCAUCCUGAUUACUGCAGCAACCGGAAGGACUUCGACCUAUGUCAUCAAGGCACUCCUUUCUGACAAGGCCAUUGAGCCUUCUCAGUUGCGGUUGCUUGUUCGCUCGCAAGCUGCAAUCGAGAGAGUCAAGGCGAAGUUUCCUGAAUUACAGCCGUCGUGUUUCGUUAUUGGCGAUUACCUGGAAGCUAGCUCGCUGCCUCCUGCUUUAGAAGGCGUCGAUUUAGUGUUUUACAAUGGACCUCCCUUUACUCCAUUGGAGACUGCGAUGGGCAUCGCCAUGAUUGAGGCUGCGAAGAACGCGGGUGUCAAGCAUUUCGUGUUCUGCAGCGUCCUUCAUCCCUUGUUAACGAAGCUCUUGAAUCAUAGAUCGAAACUCUAUGUUGAGGAACACCUCAUUGAAUCUGGUCUUAAUUACACCAUUCUUCAGCCCACAUCGUUGAUGCAGAACUUCGACCUUCAAAACGUGAUCAAGAGCUCGGUGAUUCCUGCCCCAUACUCGUCUAAAACUUUGCAAGGCUUUCUUGACCUGGAGGACCUAGCGGUCGUGGCUCGCGACGUCAUUUUGAAUCCCACCCUUCAUAAUCGAGCUCGCUACGAAUUGGUUGGAGAGAACAUUACGCUUGAGGAGGUGGCCAAGACCAUUGGUCGUGUAGCUAAUCUGCCAGCUCUCAAAUGCGAAGAAGUGCCACGGGCGAAGGUUGCAGAAAGUGGCGCAAUCCCCACCAAGGCCUUGAGUGAAUACGCAAAGGAAGGAUUGGACAGAAUGCUGUAUUACUACGACAGAAGAGGGAUCCCAGGGAACAACAAUGUCGCCCGUUGGUUAUUGGGCCGGGAGCCUACAAAUUGGGAAUCUUACGCUCGACGAGAGUUACACAAGUAGAGCUCUGUUUCGCAGUAGUCAGGCCCGUUACUUCGUGCCCAGUAAGUUAUGCAGAUCGUUUGUCGAUCAGUUUCCUUGAAUACAACCGAUCAAUUCGUCACGGUCAUGUGUUCUAAAGUUGCGACUGGUAUUCCCUUGGCUUUUUCUGUCAAGGAUUGAUCUACGACGCUCAUCACGGCCAUGAAGAUCCAAACGUGAUGGAGGUUGAUGCUGUGCGCCGUAGACUCGGUUUGUCGGGAGCUGUCUAGGAAAUGAAUACUCACAUCCGAU